ACAGCGUCGUAAGCUAAACCAAUGCAGUCAGAGCCGGAAAGAGAAUUGAUUAGUUCACCUCGAGUCUUCGGGUUCGAGUCGUUCGUUCAUCACGUGACAACCCCUACGCUUUACCAAUGCAGUCUGAGCCGGAAAGAGAAUUGAUUAGUUCACCUCUCGAGUCUUCGGGUUCGAGUCGUUCGUUCAUCACGUGACAGCCCCCUACGCUUUACCAAUGCAGUCUGAGCCGGAAAGAGAAUUGAUUAGUUCACCUCCCGAGUCUUCGGGUUUGAGUCGUUCGUUCUUUUGUCACAUGACCCCAUAGAAUGUUUUGUAUUUUUGUAGUGGUUCUCUCUUGAGUUGAUAAGGUAGAUGCUGGAUGCUGAUAGCGAACCAGCCGGGUGGAUUAUUUGCUCGUGCUGGUCUCGAAAUUUGUUAAUUAAACAUCAUUCACUGAAGCACUUCGCGAUAACGCUCAGUGAUCCUCCUUCCGUUCGCGUCUGCAUUCCCAUUUGCUUGUUAUUUGGCGUGAGAUUUGUUUAGUUGGGCGGAGUGAGAGCAGACACCUGAUGCUAGGCGCUCUAGUGAUAGGGGAGGGGGCCAUGCAUGCUCGGACAAUCCAUUGCGUCAUCGAUCCCCCGUUUUGGCCCCGCUCAAAAAAUCCUGAACAGAGAAUCGGUGAAAAACUGUUUAACUCCACAAUUCAGUACUACAUACUUCUCAUGUGUUUCAGCAAUACAUUUCUAACAUAUAUAAUGUGUUUCUCAGAAUUAUCUUUACCCGGACUUUAAACUUUUUAAAGGCUCCCCGCCGAUUACGACUCCCUCAUUGAAAUUGCUGGGUGUUAGCUCAUUUUAACCCCUCCCCCACACCUAAUGUUAGUGAGAAAUGGGGGAGUCAUAAUUUGGCAGGAGUCAUUUUUCGGCACCACACCGGCCCACUGGUUGAGAAACACUGGAUAAAACCUAUGACGUAGACCGUUGCGUCACUGAAUGAACGGCUGAGUGCCCAGUGCUAGUGGUCAGACUCGCGCAUCACAGCAGCGAAGCUGAAGCGUCUGUGCCGUUUCUGUAUACCUGCGUAUUCCGCCGUAUUUCACUAUUUAAAAGCAUUUUUUCCUCUUCCAUAAAGAAACUUCGUACAGUUUAUUUGCUUAUUGUUAAGCGGCGUUGCGAAAGGUUAUUCCUCUGCUGCAGCAAGCCACCCUAAUGAUGUCAUCGUAUUACCAUACGGGUAAAGACGUGGACAUGGCCGCGAUGACUGAACCGCUCUGCUUGGAGAGAGAUGUGUGCAGAGUGAUAGAAUUGUUGGAUCGACUACAAAGGAGUGGGGAACUUCCCCCUCCUAAACUCCAGGCUCUACAGCGAGUAUUACAGAGCAAAUUCUGUGCUGCCAUCAGAGAGGUGUAUGAGCAACUUUAUGACACAUUGGACAUUGUUGGUGGGCCAGAGGUGCGAGCCCAAGCCACUGCCAAGGCUACAGUAGCAGCAUUUGCAGCCAGCGAAGGCCAUGCUCACCCAAGAGUGGUGGAACUCCCUAAAACAGAUGAGGGGCUUGGUUUCAAUAUUAUGGGGGGAAAAGAACAGAACUCUCCCAUCUACAUCUCCAGGGUCAUCCCCGGUGGGGUUGCUGACCGGCAAGGGGGUCUGAAGAGAGGAGAUCAACUGCUAUCUGUUAAUGGUGUGAGUGUAGAGGGCGAGCACCAUGAGAAAGCCGUAGAACUGCUAAAAGCAGCACAGGGUUCAGUGAAGCUAGUGGUGCGUUAUACCCCUAAAGUCCUUGAGGAGAUGGAAGCCAGGUUUGAGAAGAUGAGAAGUGCCAGGAGACGUCAGCAGCAUACCAGUUACUCGUCUUUGGAGUCCAGGGGUUAACCGAUCUCACCAUCAGUCUGGCGUGCUGAUCCAUUCUCCCACCCUUUCUGCUCCCGUAGGAUGACAGAAGACCCAGAGGAGAUCAGUUUAGACUACCCCUAGAUAUGUUAUUUAUAUGUUAGCGGAAUGAUCUCAACAAAUGUAGACCUAAAUAUACCAUUUCCCUGGCCAAGUGCAGGGAGAGUCUGCAUAGUGCAUAUGGUCCGUCUGAGUCUAAUUUUCUGUUUUAUUCUUAUGUGGAACCUGCACCCUGUGAUAUGCUGGGAGGGGGUGUGUGUCUGUUAGCACAGAAGAGAGCUUUUUAAAUAUACUGGAUAGUGCAAAUAGCACAAAGUAUGUGUAUAUGUGGGGUAUUGUCUUUUAAUGUAGGAUGUUGUUCAUUAACUAAAUGGUUUCUUCUUUGACCAUUGUUGAUGUAUGUUUUAUUCAGUUUGUGUUGAAGCUAUGCAUCCAAUUUACAUAUAUUCUCAAUCACAUGUUGUGUAGUCUGUGAAAACGACAUCAUGAGUACACAAACAUUUGAGCAAAACAAACGUCCAUGCUCAAACAGGUUGUGUGAAUAGGCUACUGUCAUAAAAGUGUGCUGAGUGCUUGUGUUCUGCCAGUCAGUUAGCCUACUCUGUUUGAUGUUUCAAUUUUUGUUUAUUUACUUUUUGUUUAUUCAUGCAUUAAAACCAACUAUUUACUUUAGAAGUCGGUUGAGUUUAUGUAUUACCGUUGUUGUUAACCGAAAAUUGCACGAAUAAAAAUGUGCUUAAAUGCGGA